AUGAGCAAUACAAGUGCUGACGUGUAUAAUGAAGAAAAUAAAACUGUUAAAAAUUGUGAAGACGUGUCUUCCGUGCAAUUAAGUGUUUCGAACGUGCAGUCAGCGAUGCCAACUCAGCACGUUGAGAACGAAUUAUCUGCGUCUUCCAACGAGUCGUGUUCAUCGUCAAGUACUAGUUCGAGCGAAGAAGAGGAUCAACCGCCGCCAAAAAGACCACGAAAAGAACGCCACGUACGCAGCGAUUCUCGCGAUUCGUUUCGAGAAAUAGAUUUAAGGUUUGAACAGUUGUCUCGACAGUUGGUAAGUCAUUUAAAUAAUACGUUUUGCAACUACGUGGCAUCAUCAAACUCACAUCAGAAAGUGAGCACCGAAUCUAAUGUCAACCUAAGCGAUCCUUUUAGCAAUUCACCAAUAAUUAUUAAAGAUAUUGCACAAUUAGACGUGUCGGUUCAGGAACCACAGAUUCCAAAGGCAAACUCUGAUCGCGUGUCAAAGUUAAUUUCAAUGCAGAGGUUCAACUCCUCCGAUUGGAAUGGUGUACGAUAUGUAGACAUACAAAAGAAGUAUGUGGCAUUCCCUGCUUUUACCGAACUGAAAAUUAAUGAAGAGUUGCGUUUCUUAGAGCAUCAAAAUGGUCAGAAGUCUUACCUUAUGGAACGGAGUUUUGCUGCGUUAUCUAAUGCUUUUUUAGCACAAAAUGAGUUUGUUAACAAAGCGUUGCGGUCUAUUAUAGAUUGGUCCUCUCAGUCGGACGUUAUACUUAAUUCUUCUUCUAUUUAUGAUAAAUUAAAAGAAUUUUUCGGUCAAAACUCGGAAUAUAAGGCGGUUUCUCAUGACAUUUUGCAAAUAAUUUGCGGAAAACGUGCUGAAGCUUUAGAGUUACGACGUAAAACAUUGCUUACAAAUUUAAAAAGAAAAUAUGUAAGAGAAGAUUUGGACAAAAUUCCGCCUUCUGCAGAAUAUAUGUUUAAUCCGGAAAUAUUAUCUACAUAUUUACAAAAAAUGGGUGGUACUGAUAAAAUUGAUAAGAUCGUUGGGUCUCAACCUAAGACGCGAGGCAAGUCGCCAGCGCACGGCAAUCCACCUAUGCCUUCUACGUCUCAAGAAAAGCCCUUUCGUGUUAAACAGUACAAUGCAAAGCAAAAUCAUAAAAAACAAAACACGGAAGAUUUUGAUAAAAAACAAAGGGGGGGACGCAAAUCUAAUAGAGUUAAUAAAUAUAAGCAUAAAUGA